AUGACCAACGUCAUCUACGCGGGAAAUGACAGCUUGGGGAGGAAUCGAACUACAUUUCAGGCAACUGUCAAGAACCUUGUCACAACAAAAGGAGAGGGAAUCACCGCCGAGAAAGAAACAUUGGUUUGGGGGACGACCGGAUUCCGAAACUUGAAGGAGGCCAUCUGGCAUUUCUUGGCGCUUACUAGUAGUAGCUAUCUAGUGGUAGUAAGGAGGUUACCUCAGCUGUGCUGCGUGCAGGAAGCUGAGAGGACAAAAGAGGGUCAAAACUGGAGAGUUCAGCCGCGAAGGUAUCCCGGGCGGCGCAAAAUUCCGUGGAUCAAACCGACCGGUCAGCCUCAUGGACACGCAGGACAGAACAGCUUUGGGGGGGAAGGGAACUCGAACUCCAAAGGAAGGAAUCGCAGUGCAGCAAUUUCGCGCCUGUCGAUCCAAGCGGCGGUUUGGCGCAGGGAGGAAUCACGUGACCAGUAG